CAAACGCUCCAAUUGAUUUUCGAUAUACAUAUGUAAGAGUAUAUGUGAAUAAAAAUCGACAAGAUACUGCAUUAUCGGCAAUUGCCAUCACCACCCGCCACCCACAAACAAGCAAUUGCGCUUUUCUUAUCACCUUCACGUUGACCUUAGUUUUCCACACAAAGAAAAUGGAGCUAACUGGCUGGGUAAAAAACUACGAAUGGGGAAAAAUUGGUAUAAAUUCGGCCGUUGCCCAAUUGGCCAUGGCAAAUGACCCCGACUUCAAUUUGAAUGAAGAGGAAACUUAUGCGGAGAUGUGGAUGGGAACGCAUAUAUGCGGUGUCUCAAUAGUCAAGGAAACUGGCGAAACACUGGACAGAGUGCUGAAAGAAGAUUUACCUUAUCUAUUUAAAGUUCUAAGCAUAAACAAGGCACUUAGCAUACAGGUGCACCCUAAUAAAUGUGAGGCGGAAAGACUUCAUGCUGAGCGCCCGGAGCUUUACAAGGACCCAAAUCAUAAGCCGGAACUUGCAAUUGCCUUGACACCGUUUCUCGCUUUGGUAGGCUUUCUGCCUACUGAAGAUAUUAGAGACAAUAUUGACGAGUUCCAGCCGCUUACGAAGCUAAUAGGCAAGGAAGCUGUGGAUGAGAUUCAUGAGAAGCCUAAUGCAGAAAGUUUGAAAUUAUGUUACGAAAGGUUAAUGAAGGCGGAUGAUGCAGACGUCGAUAAAUGUAUUAAGGAAAUAUCGAAACACUAUCAAAAAGAACUAAAGGAAAAUGAAUUAUUAGACGUGUUCAACAAAACUAGCAAGGAGUUUCCUGGAGAUGUUGGAGUUCUAUCUAUUUUCUUUAUGAAUUUGGUGCGUUUGCAACCUGGUCAGGCAAUUUACUUGGGUGCAAACGAAAUCCAUGCAUAUUUGGAAGGUGAGUGCAUAGAAUGCAUGGCCUGCUCGGAUAAUGUUAUACGUGCUGGUCUGACACCCAAAUUCAAAGAUGUGGAUCAGUUGCUGGAAUCUGUUAUUUUCGAAGGUGCCCCCGCACAUCGAAAGAUCUUUGUACCGUAUCGCAUAGACGACACGAUGCAAGUUUAUUCACCACCUGUUAAUGAUUUUGCUGUCAUUCAUAUAUCCAUCAAGCACAGCACUGAUACGUAUAAGCUGCGCUUAGAGCCGUUUGGCUCUAUACUGCUUACACUGGCUGGGGUUCGACGCUUGCACCUGAAGACCAAAGACGGCCCGAAAGAAAUUAUCCUUACACGUGGUAGUAUUGUAUACAUUCCAAUUGAAGCUGCGCCAGAAAUUGAAUUCCAGCCCGGUGAAGAUUGUGGUGAUGAUUUUACUGCCUACAUAGCAACGUUUAAUUACUUUAAAAAAGCAUAGGAAGUAAAUUAAGUCGAACAAUUGGUGCAAAUAUAAAUAAUAAUAUUAAAAACACUAAA